AUGUUCCGUAAACGCUCCGUGAUCCUGUUCGGGACCUUCCUGUUUGUUUGCUGGAACGCGGUGCUGGUGCUGCUACUGUGGAGCCGGGACCCCACACCUCAGAUUGAGAACCCGGACGAACGACAAGCCCCGCCCCCUGACGUCCUGCUGGAUGUGCUCAAGAUGGCCGACGCCUUUGAGGCCGAGCUGGAGCGACAGAAGGAUAUCCUGCUGCAGAUCAAGGAGCAGAAACAACAGCGGUUGGUGGAAGUGCACAGAGCCUCUAACCGGAGUGACCCCCUCUCUCCCCCUCCUCCCCCUCUGAUCCCGGUCCUGGUCAUGGCCUGUAACCGUGUGACUGUGCGGCGCUGCCUCGACAAACUGCUGCAGUAUCAGCCGUCACAGACACACUUCCCCAUCAUCGUGUCCCAGGACUGUGGACAUGAGGACACCGCUGCUGUCAUCCAGAGUUAUGGUUCCAGAGUGACCCACCUGAAGCAGCCGGAGCUGGGCCUGGUCCCAGUGAGUCCGGACCAUAAGAAGUUCCAGGGCUACUAUAAGAUCUCCAGACACUAUCACUGGGCCCUAGACCAGGUGUUCCGGAUCAUGGGGCACUCUGCUGUGGUCAUCGUGGAGGACGACCUGGAGGUGGCCCCAGACUUCUUUGAGUACUUCCUGGCGCUGCACCCGGUCCUGACCUCUGACCCCAGCCUGUGGUGUGUGUCUGCCUGGAACGAUAACGGGCGUGAGGGCUGGGUGGACCCGGCGCAGGCCUCGCUCCUCUACCGCACAGACUUCUUCCCUGGUCUGGGCUGGAUGAUGCUGCGGCGACUGUGGGAUGAGCUGGAGCCAAAAUGGCCGCCGUCCUUCUGGGACGACUGGAUGCGUCAGCCACAGCAGCGCAGGGGCCGAGCGUGUGUGCGUCCUGAGAUCUCUCGCACCAUGACCUUCGGCCGCCACGGCGUCAGCCUCGGACAGUUCUACGACAAGUACUUAAAGUUCAUCAAACUGAACUCUGAGUUUGUGCCUUUCACCAAACUGGACCUGAGCUACCUGCAGGAGGAGGCGUACCAGGUGGCCUUUGACCAGCAGGUCUACAGUGCUCCUCUGGUGUCCUAUGAAGACCUGAAGCAGAUGAAGCUCCAGGGGCCGGGGCCCUUCAGGCUCCAGUACUCCUCCAAAGAAGCCUUUAAAGUCAUGGCCAAGAACCUGGGCGUCAUGGAGGACCUCAAGUCUGGGGUCCCCCGGGCUGGAUACAGAGGAGUGGUCACCUUCUUCUCCAGGGGACAGAGAGUGUAUCUGGCACCACCUGCAGGAUGGAAGGGGUAUGACACCACCUGGAGCUGA